GCUGUGUCAUUGCCGGAAGCACAUCCGCGUGCGGCGCGCGAGCGAGGGAAAUUGAGUUGGGAACGUGAGAAAAAUCAACAAAGUAGAAAAAAGGUAUAAAAGUUAUAAAGUACUUUAAUUUCCAGUAAAAGUUUUAUUUUGUAGUAACAGCUCAGAGACAUUUAACCCGGCUAACAGUUAGCACGGAGCUAACGUGUGUUUGAGUAGCCAGCUAGCAGCGUUAGCUCACUCACAGAAACUUACCUGUAACUGAAACCUUCAACUCAAAGUUCCUCUAAAUAAAACUUCUAUCACCUGGCGGGUUUCUCUCCUCACGAGAGGAGAACACGGAGGUGGGUUGGGACUCAGCAGCCGUUGGGAAUGUCUCCACCGCCGGGAAGAAAGAGCCAUGAAGGGGCGGACAUAUCGGACACCGACUCCGAGGACGAGCCGAAGCUCCCCCUCAAUCAGUUCUAUCCAUACAUCCGCUGUGCCCUUUGCUGCGGCUUCCUCAUCGACGCCACCACCAUCACAGAGUGCCUGCACACAUUUUGCAAAGGCUGCAUUGUGAAGAACUUCUUCUACAGCAACAGGUGUCCCACGUGCAGCAUCGUAGUCCACCAGACGCAGCCGCUUUACAACAUCAGGCCUGACAGACAACUGCAGGAUAUCGUUUACAAAAUGGUUCCCUUCCUCGAGGAGCUGGAAAGAGAACAAAUGACUAACUUCUACAAAGAGAGAGGACUGGAGGUGCCGAAACCAGUGAUGGUGUCCCCGGCUCCUGUUGUGGUCAGGAAGCAGAAGAAGGAGACCGUUUCUCAGUCUAUAUUCACCAUUCCUCCUGAGCUGGAUGUGUCUCUGAUGCUGGAGUUUGUUGGGGCUGAAGAGGGCAUCAAUAACUAUAAGCCAUUAGAGAGGCGGUACGUCCGUGUGUCGGGCGAGGCCACGGUCCGCCACGUGGAGCUGUUCAUCAGGAGGAAGAUGGAGCUGAGCCCGGCCUGCCAGGUGGAUGUGGUUUGUGGAGACCACCUCCUGGAUCACUACCAGUCACUCAAAGACAUACAGAACUCUGUGGGCGAAGAGGCGCUACAGGACGGUCUGCUGGUGCUGCACUUCGGCUUGGUCCUGCCCUCCGAGUCUUGAGCAGGAGGGACGGAUGUAGUUCAUUCCUGACCUUCUCUCCAUCAGACUCUUUCUACUUUGGCAUUAUAACUACUCCACAACUGUCUGAUUGUCGCUCUCUGCUGACAAAACUUGAAACGUAUGAAAUAUAGCAGGAGGUUGGAGAAGAGAAAGUCCAACAACUGUGAACUUUCUUUAUUGAACAGCCUGCAAUGAAACCUGAACUCUUCGUUCACACUGUAGCAUCAAAUGUUCGACUCCUCAGAUUAUCUUGUAUUUUCAGGACCUGUGUGUCUGCAGGAGACAUACAUUUGAUUUACUGAAGUGUAACCUGAUGAAUUUAUAAAGGCCAUGGUGUCUCUUAAGGCAUUAUUCAGCAUACUUCCACUCACACUGUGACUGUUAUUGUAGCUAAAACUGGACUGGAUUACUGUUAGUGGGGCUGAAACUCUGAAGGAAGUACAAUGUCUCUGCAGGUAGUUGACCUUAUUGAAAACCAGGGAUUAAUAUGUUCUUUUUUUGUAUUUAUGAUAUCAGAUAGAUAAUUGUGAUUUAAAGGGCUUGAAACUACCACUACCAAAGGUUUGUGUGUGUGUGUGUGUUUUAUAUAGAGCUUAGAUCUACUCUCUAUUUUUAAUUACAGUUUGCUUCGUGUUGAUUUACACAUUUAAUUUAAGAGCUUUUGUAUUCUGUCUGCUGAUGUACAUUGACUUGAUAAAACCUGCUUUCAGUACAGCAGUUAUUUAAAGUGUAUAAAGAAGUCUUUCAUAGGGUUUUUCUUACUUACUGACAAAAGAAUGAAUUAAUAAAGGGUUGCACAAUGGACAAA